CAAGAAGGGGAAGAACCAAAACGCACCAACACCAAGGGAGCAUAAUUAACUUGCCAAGACGCCAUUCGUUAAUGAUUCACGUGACUGUAAAGAAACUUGAACGGAAUCUCCCGACGAGCACCUUAAAGUGAGCAGUGGAUGAGCGGAACGACAAAAUCGGAUCAACCACAAAAAUCUACACGAUGCUGGCUUCACGGGUUAUGCGCCUGGGGACUCUCCAGAAUGCAGUCUGUGUACGCUCAACAGCUGGCAUUCAGACCAGAUCACUGCACAUUUCACCUCAGUUCCGACCAGCAGCUGCGUUGACUCGAGUACGACAAUCCAACGCUGUGCGGCCAAUCUCUUUGACUACCGUCCGGUUCAAUUCCACCACAACCUCCGCUGCCGCCGCUGCUGCCCCGCUAUCCUCCCCCACCACCACCGAUGCCGCACCCUUCCUCGCAAACCUGGACAACUUUGAUACCUCGACGGUCAUCCAGCACGCGCCAGAGACGAUGGGCUACCUGAGGUCCCUCGGAAUUGACUCCGGCUGGGGCACCACGAACAUAAUCCAGACCCUCUUCGAAGGGGUGCACGUUUACUCCGGGCUUCCUUGGUGGGGCACGAUUCUAACGACCGUCGUCCUCGUCCGUCUCGCGCAAUUCCCUGGCUACUGCCAAAUGUCCUCCACUGCCGCGCGCAUGAAAGAAAUCCAGCCCGUCGUCACCCCCGUAAUGGAGAAGAUGAAGGCCGCGCAGGCCCGCAACGACAUGCCGGAAAUGAUGAAGUACCGCAGCGAGAUGUCACAGAUGUACCAGGUCUCUGGCAUAAACCGCUGGUGGCUCAUCUUCCCGUUCACGCAGAUCCCGGUGUUCUACGGAUUCUACAAGAUUCUCCGGUCGAUGGCCGAAGUUCCAGUUCCGGCGCUGCUGGACGGUGGAAUAGCUUGGUUUUCGGAUUUGUCGGUGGCGGAUCCGACACUUAUCAUUCCCACGACUGCAUCACUGUUGAUCGGUUUUCAGAUCUACAAGGGUGGAGAGGCCGGAAGCACCACCAUGGCCAAGUCGAUGAAGAACGUCCUGGCCUUCGGUCUUCCCCUGGUGUCCUUUGCUUUCACCUACUCGUGGCCAGCAGCCUUGGGCUUCUACAUUAUGUGCAAUUCCGCCAUUGGAGUGGCGCAGACCUUCAUCCUCAAGAACGAGACUGUGCGCGAGAAGCUAGGACUCUAUCCUAUGGCCCUGGAGGGUACCGCCAAUCCGUUGGCGUCAAAAACUCCGACCAGAUACAGUGCCCUUAAUAUCGUCCGUCCCGCUGUAGAGGAGAGCCAAGUUAUCGAUGCUACGCCGAAGCAGAUUGGUGGGCCCGGAAGUUGGUUGGAUAAAUUCACCGGCGGCACUGGUGAGAAGGGGUGGAAUGUGUUGAAGUUGAAGGAAACGGCCAGCGAGAAGCAGAAGGAAGCCACACAUAAGGAAUACGAGACCCGAAGAAAGAAGCGGUUGGCAGAGCAGAAGAAGUUGGCGCAGCUGGAGCGGGAAAGGAAGCAGCGGAUGAGGCAGGCACCGAAGCCAUAGGCUUAGAAAGGAUACAGAUUCCGGAAUGUGUAUUGUAACAUAGCUAGAGUCAAUCUCUGUUAAAUUUAAAGGGCCAUGGGAAACUUCGGAGAGAAGUGGAAGACGGGCGUUAUCGAGACUGCUG